AUUUCCUCCUGGAGAUGUUCCACAGCGUUUCCCGCAGCCAUGACUGGUGUGACGGGGUUGUUUUUAUGAGCAUUCAGAGAAAUGCCCACGCAAAGGGGCUGGGCAAUGGUUUUCCUGGAAGCGGUGACGGGGCAGGAGGCUGGUGUCGGCAUCUGGAACCUCACAGGGAAAAGCAACGCAGCGCUUAUCCGACUUUCCCACCGCCCCAGCAAUAAAAAAAACCCCAAGGACAAGGCUAGCGAGGAUUUAAUGACAGCAGGGGAACACAGGCAGCGGCUGUCAGGGUUUUAAGAGGGUGAUUUAUUUGCAAGGGGGAAGAGGCCUGAUUGGUCGUAGGAAGGUGAACUUACCUCGCAGGUCUCAGCGGGUCCCCCAAAAAGCUUCGUGGCUGCAGCCCUUGGCUGCUUGUCCAUUGCUGCUGGUUGGUCCCAAGGGGAUUUUGCCUCUUCGACACCUGGAGACGAUGACAGCGGUGACGUGGCCGAUCUCGGCACGGAGGUUUUACACUACUGCUAUGGCCAUGCUUCCCUCCCGGUGAGAAGGAACCGGUGCUGGCACGGUGGCCUUCCUUCGAACCGCCGCGCUCGGCUCCUGGCACAACCUUCACAGAUUUAAAGGUGUUUUGUGGUGUUCGGUCAUGGUUAUUCUUUGCUUCUCAUCUACCCGUAACAAUCUGGCUGGGGAAGUUUGGGUGAGAAACGGCACAACUCCUGCUUUUAUCUUCAUUUAAAGCCAGGAAGGGAGGACGUUGCAGGCGUGAUGGCUUUCUACCUCAAACCACGGCCACGCACGUGGGAUCUUGCCUUGGACUACCACACGGUGAAACAGUUUGAAGUGGAUGUGACCCUGGAUCCAGCCACAGCGGGUCCCGAGGUGAUCCUCUCCGAGGACCUCAAAGAGGCCACCUGGGGCAGACCUGGACACCGGUGGCCUGAGGGUCCAGGCCAGUUCGACACGGAUCCGUGCAUGUUGGGCAGCGAGGGCUUCACCUCAGGCCGUCACUACUGGGAGGUGGAGGCCCAUGGGCGCUUCUGGGCUGUUGGGGUGGCCCGUGAGUCGGUUCAGAGGAAAGGCCGGGUCCUCUUCAAGCCCAGCGCUGAGAUUUGGGGCUUGCAGAAGUAUGAUGAGCUCUGCGUGGCCCUCACGGCACCUUCUAACACCUCUGUCCCGCUCCUCAACGGGGAGAUCGGGGUCUACCUGGACUACGAGCUGGGACAGGUCUCCUUCUAUGCUGUUGGCAGCCGCCAACGCAUCUUCACCUUCCCCGUGGCCUCCUUCAGUGGGGAGAGGGUCUUCCCCUACUUCUGCGUGCUCCUCUCCACCAUCAGACUGUCCCCCAAGGGUUGAUAUGCCAGCGGGAUCCCCGUGAAGGUGGUUGCAAAUGCUCCUUGAUGCCCCUCCGCUCUGAUUUUCCAGGUCUUGGAGUCAUUUUGACCUCACCUCAUGGUCCUACCUCCACCUUAGAUGUCUCUGGUUUGGGUUACAGCCAGGGGGUUUCAGGUCCCGGCUCGGUGCGUCUCAUCUCACCUGAAAGCUGCUGCUGUUAAUUUGUCCUAAGGUUGUUAAUGGGAGCUGGGCUUCUCUGAGCUGGUUUUAAGCUGAAAACUUGGAUUUUUCCCUCCCAAGCUCGGCCCCCUCUGAAGGUUUCUUUUCCUCUACCUUGACGCUGGUCGCUGGCUGGGCUUCCACACGCAAUUUAAAAUCGGAAUUUUUGCCGGCUGUGCGUUACUACCAGCCACUACCUCAGCUUAAAAUUGAUUUUUGCCAUCAUGAGGCUGUGCUCAUGCUUACUUUCCCCUCAUUUUCUUCUGCUCUUUGCCAUGCUCAGUAUGUAUUUCUCAGUAAUUAACGUGUGAUUGAUUAUAAAUGUGCUCAGAAUA